AUGGUCAUAAAGUGCCAACAUGCAACACUUAAGAUAUUGGCAUGCAGCAAUCCGAGACCCGGAUUUCAUGUGAACAUGGAGCCACUGUAUUCUUUCACCAUUCCAUCGAUUGAGGACGAUACACCACUGGACUGUCGCAUAUAUCACGAUACGAAUUCGCUGUCCAAUAGGCCUGGUACGCAGCUACUUCGAGGAGCGGUCCUAGCGCACCCAUAUCCACCACUCGGAGGCUGCUACGAUGAUCCUGUUGUGCUGGCUUUGACAGAGACGUUAUUGGCCGAUGGAUACAUCAUUGCCACUUUCAACUUCAGAGGUGCAGGCGAAUCUGCUGGACGGACAAGCUGGACUGGGAACAGUGAAGUGCUGGACUAUUGCUCUGUUGUAGGACUGCUGUUCUACUACCUACAGGAUAUCCAGGGAUCCUCACAGAACUCGGAGGCCUUGACACCGAUCAUAUCAGCGACGACCACGGAACCCAAUGCUGGCUAUGCCGACCCAGCAAAGAGACCGUUCGAAAUACUGCUUGGAGGCUACUCUUUCGGUGCCCUGAUCCUGGCUCGCCUCCCACCAGUCUCAUCUAUCAUCAAUCGCUUCGAAGCUGCUGAAAGAGGGACAGCAGCAUGUGAGAUCAUCCUUCGAGCCCGGAAACUCGCCACGCAAUUACAAUCAAUAGCCCAAGAGGUCCAAAGCCCCAUCAGAGGACGGAACCUCAUACCAUCGUCACCACACUCGCCUCACCACAUGGCAUCUCCUGUCACCUUCGGCGGCGAGGAAACCGACGCAUCCGACCGACGCCGUAGUCGAGACUCGCGGCGAAGCGUCGACGUUGUCCGCGAGGUCGGUCAUCGUAUGAAACCACACCUCCAUCGCCACAGCGGGAACCAUUCCAACGACAGCACGGAGCAUCACAGGACCACAACAGCUUCUUCCACUCAUUCGUCGGGACAAAAUUUCACAACCGCUUACCUCCUAGUCUCCCCCGUCCUCCUCCCCCUCACAACAACGAUAUGCCCACCUGGCCUCCCAUUUCCCGGACUGCACAACCCGUUCCACGGCCACUCUGGAUCAACCUCAGGGCUUCUAUCCCUCCAAGCUCCCGUUCACAUAAUCUUUGGAAACCAAGACGGGUUCACCUCCGUGAAGAAGUUACAACAGUGGGCGACCAAGCUUUGCAAGGAAGCUCCUCACGCAGGACGGCAGGAGAUCGCUGGCGCUGCACAUUUCUGGCGUGAAGAAGGGGCGAUGCGGGAGUUGCAGAGUAGUGUGGCUACUUGGGUCGUGACUUUGAGAGGUUAG